GAGAUCGGCAUCUCUCUCUCUUUACCUAGGGAAUCCCUCUGUCUUGGCACUGAUGAUGGCCAUGGAAUCUCACAUCAUCAUCGCAUGGCGCAGCACCGAUCGUCGCCAACUAGUUCUGCCUUGUACGGGUUUAAACCUUCAGUACCUAGGCUGGGGUGUCAAAAGUUUUGAGCAUAUAAGCCGACGGUAGGGAGCUGUUUGUUGGUGUGCAUCCCAACCAACCUCACCUCAACUUCACCUCGGCGAAACAAACAAAAUACCAAAAACAAGAUGCCCUCCUUCUCGUCUCUUUUCCUUUCCACCCUCACCAUCGCUGUGUCUCUGGCCCAGGCUCACUGCAGCACAAUCAAUUGGCGGCCCUGCGAGUUCAAUGGAACCCGGCCCAUAUUAUGCGGCAACCUGUCUGUCCCGCUCGACUACACUGACGCGAAGUCGAACGCGACGCUCCGCCUUGAGCUAGUCAAAGUACCGGCCGCCAAGACGCCCUCGAAGGGGAGCAUCCUCUUCAACUUUGGCGGUCCUGGAGAGGAGGCUCAACAGACAAUGGCUCAGGUUGCGGCCGAGUUGCAGAUUCUCACCGGCGGCCACCACGACCUGAUUGCCUUUGAUCCGCGAGGAACAGGCAAAACCAUGGUCGUCUCGUGCUACCAAACCGACAUCGAAAGGCUGGUAGGCAGUCUCCAGGCCCCGGGCUGGAGCAACGCCUCCGACGCGGCGCUGGGGACGCAGUGGGCAACCAGCCAGCUCCUGGCCGAGUCAUGCCUGGCGAACGCGGCCGACGUCGGGACGCUGGUCGGCACGGCGUUUGUGGCGAGGGACAUGAUGCAGAUCGUCGACGCGCUCGGCGAGGACGGCAUGCUGAGAUACUGGGGUCUCUCCUACGGCACCGUGCUGGGAGCCACCGUGGCUGCCAUGUUCCCCGAUAGGAUGGACAGGAUAAUGUUGGAUGGGGUGCUGAAUCCGUUUGAGUACUACCACGGCUACGACAUUGAAAUGCUGACCGACACCGACAAGACCUUCGCCGGCUUCAUCUCGGGCUGUGUAGCAGCACCGGACCAAUGCGCCCUCGCCCGCGACAACGCCACGGCAGCCGACCUCGAGAAGACGAUAUCUGACCUCAUCGACACGCUGAAAUACAACCCCGUAGCACUCGGCGGCAUCCUGAUCGACUACAGUCUCAUCAAGGAGGUCAUCCUCGGCUACCUAUACAGCCCCUUGGCCUGGGACGAGCUGGCGGGCGGCCUCAACGGACUCAUCACGGGGAACAUCACGGCGCUGGCCGAGUUCGCCGAGGCCUUUGGGGCCCGCCCGCAGGGCAUCGCGGCCGAGUCGUACCCGGCCAUCAAGUGCGCAGACAACGCUGUGCGGGCCACAACGCUGGCCGACGUCCGACCCGCGGUCGACGAGCUGUAUGCCAAGAGCAGGUACGGCGGCGACAAGAUCUCGGCCAUCGCGGUCCGGUGCGCCCAGUGGAGGAUGGAUGCGAAGGAGCGGUACUCCGGGGACUUCCGGGUCAAGACGCGGAACCCGGUCCUCUUGGUCGGGAACACGCUCGACCCGGUCACGCCCCUUGUCUCGGCGCGCAACGUGAGCGAGGCCUUUGAGGGGAGCGUCGUGCUCCAGCAUGACGGCUAUGGGCACUCCUCUCUCGCGCAGGCCUCGAUCUGCACGACGAAAGCUAUCCGGAACUUCUUCAUCAACGGCACGAUGCCCGAGCCGGGGACCAUAUGCAAGGUGGACACGCCCUUGUUCUCGAAUAAGACCUGGCAGGACGUCCUCCCUCCCAUCCAGCGCGUUCGGCGGAGUAUCUCUGCACGGGAUGAUGACGAUGCCGCUCUCUUACGGGCCGCGUCCGUGGCCGGGAAAAAGUUGCUUCGGCCGUCUCGCUUCGUAUGAAAGCCCCAAGUAAUCUGCUGUCACGAGACAAUAAGGCAGGUCGGGUAUAGAUAUGCUUGCUCAAAUCAAUCAAAUAGAUGAUAG